UACAAACUUGGAUGCUAAGUAAACAGCUGUCAACUUUGGCAUAACUCAACCUGGAAUUGUUGACUUCACCAGACAACCUGCUGUCAUUUGGAGCUUUGGACCAGACCAGCACAGGUUUCAGAAACUUUGCCAACAUCAAGCUGAUCAUUUCGUUCCUGAAUGUUGGGACGUUUUGGAAACAUUGCUGGAAUUCUGUUGGAGCUUCUUUUUAAGCACGAAAACAACUGAACAAUUCUGGUUUGAAAAGAAUUUUAGAGGAUCUUUCACAUUUAUAAUCGGCAUCAUGGCUCCAUCUGUCAGUCUGUGGUUGUGUCUGUACCUGUUGCUGCCGUUUACGGACGCAAAGAGCGUUGGGCAACACGAAGGUCAGCGCAAUGCCCUUGAAAAACCCUCCUCCCAUGUCAAACUGGACCCCCUCUGGAUCGCCAAGCAGCUCAGGACCCAGGACAACGCCCCCAACCAGAGCCUCCCACUCCCUGAGAUGCUGGAUCUCGACCUGGACCAGCACCGCCGUCUGGCCCGUGGCGCCGACGAGGAGGAGCAACAGUCCACCUUCAGCCAAUCCUUCGAGAAUGACUCAGUGACGACGCCGCAGGCCACUGAGUUCAACAAUGGAACAAAGGUAGCAGGAGGGGACAACAGUAAUGAUUAUGUCAACCACCCUGGAAACACCUCCAGCUCUGACCACGAUGCCCCAGGACUCUUCAACCCCUUCUAUCCGCUGGCAGAGAGCUCGUACGCGGCCUAUGCAGUCCUUUUCCUGGCCGGCCUGGUGCUGGCAGUGGGCGUGGUGGGAAACAUGGCCGUCAUGUGUAUCGUCUGGAACAACUACUACAUGAGGUCUGCCUGGAACUACCUGCUGGCCAGCAUGGCAUUCUGGGACUUCCUGGUCCUGGUGCUCUGCCUUCCUGUGGUGGUCCUCAACCAGCUCUCCCAUAGGAGGAUCCUGGGUGACAUCACAUGUCGUAUGGUGCCUUAUAUGGAGGCCGUGUCUCUGGGCAUCACCUCCUUCACUCUGUGCGCUCUGGGCAUCGAUCGUUUCCACGCCGCCACCUCCUCCUCGCAGCCGAAGGCUCGGCGGGUGGAGCGCUGCCGCUCGGUGCUGCUGAAGCUGCUGCUGGUGUGGCUCGCCGCUCUGCUGCUGUCCAGCCCUGAAAUCUUCCUGUGGCAGCUGAGCCAGGCCGUGUCCCCGUCCACCGGCCGGCUGGUCGACUCCUGCACCAUCACCCCCUCCUCCCCUCUGUCCCUCUACCUGCCCGACUCCCUCCACUCUCUGUUGCUCAGGUAUCACCAGGGUCGUAUGUGGUGGUGUUUUGGCUGCUACUUCUGCCUCCCUGUCCUCUUCACCAUCCUCUGCCAAAUGGCCACCCGCAACGUCAACAGCGACUCCAGCUCUGCCCAAAAGCAGCGUAACCACGACGACCGCUCGUCCAAUCAGAAGCGUCAGCAGCAUCAGGCGGUGGAGCGGCAGCUGAACUGCACACUGUUAGCAUUAGCCGUGGUUUACGGCGUCUGCGCUCUGCCUGAACACGUCUGCAACAUCACGCUGGCCUACACGCACAUCGCCAUCUCCGAGGACACGGCCGCCAUGCUGGCGCUGUUGCAUCACUUCCUGUUGUUCUUCAAGUCAUCAGUGACACCGGUGCUGCUGCUGUGUCUGUGUAAGGCUCUCGGUCAGGCCUUCAUGGACUGCUGCUGCUGCUGCUGUCAGGAGUGUCAGCCAACCACGGCUCAAGGCUCGCCAAGCUCCGCCCAGGUGAAACUGAAGGCAGCCAAUGAGACGUCCAUCUUCUUCGACAAGGCUAAAGACACGUCGGCCAUCCUGUCUAUCUCCAGCUAGAGCUAUAGGUCUCACAUUAACCAUCAUUUCCUCCUUUUUAAAUCAGUCCCGUCCAUACAUCUCUUCUUUUUACCGUUCAACAUUGUUUCUCUUCCAUCUUUAGUUUUCAUUAACUCAUCCGUUUCCUUUCUCCUCCCUCCAAUGUUUGCUCAUUUUCUCCUCCUUUCUUUCCAUCUAUUUUCUCUCUCAGUCAGAGCACUUCACUCCAGUCAUCAUCUUUCUUUCUGUCUAUCUCUUCUUCCAGAGUACCAUUUGUAUGAUAUUCCUCUAUGGACACCGUGUUACCCCCUGCAGCUUCCUGUCUGUGCAGGAAGUGAUGUUUAAUCUGUAGUGAGAUUAGAGAAAUUGCUGUACUUGCACAACCAGCUGUUAUAAAAGCAGGAGCCUGUUUCAGGACUCUCCCAAUGGACUCUUCCCUCCAACUUCCUGCUCUAAUGAUAUAUGAUGUAUAACUCCAGUGGAAAAACAACACGUAUGUCUUCUUUGGUUGGUCUGAAGCUGAAGUUUUCAUGUGUUUUAUGGCAAAGUAGCAGAUACCUCAAACCUAGCAGUUUAAACCUCUUACAGUAGCUUUGGGGGAAAACACGAAGAAGCUGCUUGAAAGCUCUAAAGAUGACAGUUUUUGGUUCAAUGUACAUUGCUGGAGACAGAGUCAAUGAUCCAAUUGGGUGCUAAACUUCAAAGGACAGACAAGUUACAUUAACAUUAAACUGGCUGUAGUUAACAUGAUGUAUACUGACAUGGUCACAACUUGUUUAAACACUAGCACUGACUGCUAUGGACAGAUAUUAAGUACAUGAUCACUACCUCCAUGAAUAGAGGAAGAUUCCUGGAGGUUUUGGAGCCCCCACCCUCAGUUUCCUUCUAGCCAACAAAUUUAAGUCCAUUCUUACUGUCACCCUGACCAGGCCUUUAAAUCACCACCAAUUUUCCAGAGAUUCAAUUAGUGUUGGGAACCCAAUCAACCAAUCAGAGCUGUGUUGAUGGGAAUAUGAACAUGAGGUCUUCCCACAUUACAUGCUAGUUAUCUGUGGUUCAGUCUGGUGCAGCUGUAGAGGCUGAAGUAAAAGUCAUUUCUGCAGAUUCUGUCUCUGUGCGGCUUCAUGAAUGUUUCUAAAGGGAAGAAAGCGGUGAAGCGGGAAAGGGAGGAGAUCUAAAGAGUAUUUGAACAGGACUCAGACCUUCUCAGAACCGGGGUGGUCUCUUGUACAGGAAGUUAAACUGUGUAGGUUUUAAGUGUAUUAAUAUGUUUAGCACAGUGCUUUCACUCAGACUGUCAAACUCAAACAACUAGAACAAAUGAAGAAACAGAAGUUAUGGAUGUAGCUCAUUUUAGUUCUAGAUGUACAACUAAUUCCAUCUUUGUAUGAAGGGAAGCAAGAUAGUAAUUUUUCUAUGUUACAAGAAUGUGUAUGCCUUUGUAAUGUUCAGUGUCACAAUGUUAAAUUCGUGGUAUUAUAAUAUGUGUCAGAGCCGAUUGUGCCUUAGUGUCUCUUCGGCCCCGGACUGCCAGUGUCUGAAUCAGCAAAUAUUGAAGCAACAGCCAGAGGAAAGUGGUCAAACUGUAUCUAUGUCAUGACCUGCAGCUUCAAGUUUUCACCUAAAAGUUAGACAUGUUUAGCUAAUUCACCCUCAUACCUGCAUGACUACCUGUGACUCCUGAAACAACAUAUAUGACCGCUGGAGAGCACCAGCGACAGGCCUACCGGUGUCAUGAGGCUAAUGUUGUGAAACGGUGGCAGUUUGUUUCGGUUUAGGCACCAAAAUGACUUGAUUAGGCUUAGGAAAAGAUCCCGGUUUGGGUUGAAAAUGUUACCAUUACAUACAUCAUGUAAAUUCAGUACGUUAACUUAUAAGUCAGCCACCCCACCUUCAUCCAAAUGUGGACUUUCUUGCUCUUUAUACUACAUCACCUGACUUCCGCCUUUGCUCUUUUCAGAAUUAUUAUGGCCACUAGAGGUCACUGUCUACCAAAAACGGUAAAUGUGGGUUCGUAACAACCCGCUUGCACAGAUGACCUGUACAGCCGUUUUCUGGGGAGGAUGGGCUGUGUUUAGCACAUGUACAAAUGUAUCUGUAACACAGAAUUGUCAGUUUUGAUUUGAAAUUCUAACUACCAAUCAAAACUGUGAAAAUAAAUCAGUACUGUGUGACUCGACUGAGGGUGUUUGCUAAAAUUCAGUGUCUGUCUGACCCAUAGUAUGUCCUGCCACAUCCAUAAGUUGCUGUUGUUCUCUGGUUCAGAGAUACUCUAGUGGAUGCUUGGUG